UAAUGAAGGUGGAUUGGAUUGAAUAAAUUGGAAUCAAAUGAUGGUCUUAAGGGCUAAUAAACCAGUUGAUUCAUGGAGCUCUAUUGGAGUGGAGCUUGGGAGAUUUUUGAAGGUUAAAACCAAUUUUCACUUCCAACCAUUUUCGGCAAAUCAAUCCCUAUUUUUCUUAAGAAACCCGUCGGAUCGUGAUCAUCUGCUUAAAAUUGGAGUUUGGUCUUGCAACUCUUAUGCCUUCAAAUUUGUAAACUGGUCUUCUAAAGAAAAUCUCUACACUCAGUCCAAUAAUGAGGUUUCUUCUGGGUCCUGGGUAUUGAUCCAAGGGGUUCCUUUUUCUUUAUGGAACCAAAUAACUUUUCAAACUAUUGGUGCAAAGCUUGGAGGUUUAAUUCAGGUCUCUCCAUUCACGGCUAAUGGCUGGGACAUCUCUGUUAUGAAACUCAAAGUUAAAGGACCACUUGUUGUUGGUUUUUCAAAGCUUCGUAUCAACUUCAAGUCUUUUCCUUUUUCUGCUACGGUCUCUCUUGCUAUUGAUCAAUCAGAAAACAUCAUUUCGUCCUUUGGAAGGAUAACCAUUAAGAAAGAGGAAUUGGAGCUAAGCAGUACACCAAAAUCUCCUUCUCAGGAGGAAAUUCCGGCGCGCAGUAUUCCGGCAAACCAGGACGAGGAGAACCCGGAUUUUGCAGUUAAAGGUCCAGCUGUUGAUCUCUCGUUGGACGAUUUUCCUGUGUUUGCAACGGUACAAUUAGGGUCAAAAGUUAGUACAUCCAAUGGAGUUCAGUCACAGUCUUUGCCUCUUGAGUUGACUGCUCAUCCAGCUGGUGCAAGCUCGGCCGCAAGUCCCCUUCGAAUGUUGCGCCACUCUGAAAUGUUAAUCAAUGGAAUUAUCGUGAACAAAGGGACCCAUAAGGUUCAAACGGUUACUUUGGAUGUGGUGUGUGAAGCCCAUGUGCCCACUAGCCCUACAUCUGUUCAUACGGAUGAAAACUGGGUUAAGCAUAAGCAAGUCGGUACCUUCCCUAAGGGAUUUCUUGAUAAGAUGAAGGGUACUAAUGGUGAUAAAUAUUUAGAUCAUUAUAGUACUUCUUCGCUCUCGGAAGAUUCAGCACAUAUCUUGAACCAAGGAGGGAUAUGUUCUAAGUUUGCCACCGAUAAUAUCGAUCCGGCAGCUGAAAUUAUUCCAGAUACGUUUGAUAAUUCUAAUUGUGUGGUGAAUAUAGAAAAUGGGAUUGGCGAGAGAGUUGAGAGUCUGAUGGAUAAAAGGCUACAACAAUCCAAUGGCUACUUUGGCAAAAUUUUGGAGCCUUGUGGGUCUUCUUCUGAGAUGGAAUCGAAGCAAGUAAAUGGCUCUUUCGACUCUUUUGUGGCUGAAACAGAAAAUUGGAAUUCAGACAAGGAAUUAGAGGGUCCUGAAUUUGAUUUAAAUCAAAAGGAAAGUCAAAUGGGGGUGAUACAAGUACUUUGAUGCCAGCCUUCGAGUGCAUACCAUUCAGCUUCCACUGGAUUUUCUCUGCUGUCUAUGGUCCGUGUGAUACUGUCGAAAGAAGAAACUUAUGGCAAGAACUUCAACUGAUGAGGCUUAUCUGGAAUCUUCCUUGGUGUAUUGGAGGGGAUUUCAAUGAAGUGAGGC